AUGUCUUCAUCGAUGUCUUCGCCGGCCAUUAACGCAGACAUCAGUGAAAUGCUGUUAGAGUUGGGAAAGCAUGAGAUGAAUGUCAACCAAAACAGAUUCAAGUAUCAGAUGUACCGAAAGGCGGCGAAGAGUGUUGUCGAUCACCCGAAACGCAUCCAAUCUGUCGCUGAGGCCAAGGGGUUGGCCGGAGUCGGCGCUAAGAUCGCCCUCAAGAUCAUGGACUUCGUGGCCAACGGUUCCAACAGACAGUUGGAUAGAGUGAGACAAUCGGACACAAAUCAGUCCAUCAAUGAAUUGCUUCGUGUGUCGGGAAUCGGACCCAAACUGGCGGCCAAACUGAUGGCCGACGGCAUCGACACUAUCGACAGGUUGAGGACAAUCGCCGACACUCUGACCGAUCACCAGAAGAUUGGUCUCAAAUAUGUGGACGAAUUCGAGCGAAAGAUACCGCGCGAAGAGAUCCAGAAGAUUGAGACACUAUUGACGGCCAAAAUGAAUGAAUUCAAUAAAAAUCUUUUGCUAACCAUUUGUGGCUCUUAUAGACGAGAGGCGCGAGAGAGCGGUGACAUCGAUGUCCUCAUCACUCACCGCAACGUAACGUCGGAUCAAAUGAAAUUCAAGACAAACACUUACCUGAAAGACAGCGUCCGGUCUCUGCAAAAGUGUGGUCUCAUAACCGAUAGGCUAUCGUUAGGCGACACGAAGUUUAUGGGUGUCUGUCGGCUGUCGAAAGAGUGUCCGCACCGGAGGAUUGACAUACGAUUCCUACCUUUGGAUCAAUACUUUUGCGGCAUUUUAUACUUCACUGGAAAUGACUUUUUCAAUCAACAGAUGAGAAAACAUGCGAACGAAAUGGGAUUUACUUUAAAUGAGUAUUCGUUGAGACGAUUGGGAUUGACAUCAGUUCCCGGGGAACCGAUUGCUAUCACCUCUGAAAAGGAGAUCUUUGAAUACAUUGACUUUCCAUAUAAAGAGCCCAGAGAUAGGAAUUUCUAG